AUGAAGUGCCCUGCGCUCGCGGCGCGAGCGGCGCCCGCGGCCGCCCCGCGCGCAGCGACGUCGCAGCAGUGCCGCCCGCGCACCGCGGUGCGCAUGUUCGGCGCGACGAACUACGCCGCCAGCGCGGAGACGAUCAGCAGGGACGGGCUGGUCCGGGAGGUCAGGCGCUAUCUGCGGAAGGAGGAGGGCUGGACGGACUACUGGAUCGACGGCGUGGCGGACCGCAUCACGAAGCGGCUCCUGGACACCAGCCUGGACCAGGUGAGGGCCGUGGUGGGGUGGCUCAAGAACGACCUGGGGAUGAACACGCAGGACGUGUGCAACAUGUGCUCCAUCUCCUGCGCGAUGUUCGGCAUGGACGUGGAGGCCGACCUCAAGCCCGUCGUCGCGUACAUGCGCGCGCGCGGCGCCAGCGACGCCACCGUGCGGCGGGUGCUCACUUCCAACCCCAAGGUGCUCGAGUACGCCGUGACCGAGGACGGCAAGAAGCUCUGGAAGCGCACCAACAACUCCAAGUUCCUCGCCUUCGCCGAGGUGGACGUGACGGAGGGCAAGGACGGGAAGCAGCAGGCCCACGUGUCGUACUUCCGCGAGAACACCGCGUUCGAGUCGGCGCCGGUGUCGCCGCCGCGGCCCAAGGACGCGUGA